AUGUCGCUCUCACAUACUUUCCCACACUCCUCGGCGCCUUUGCGCACAAUCCAGGAGGUCCAGUUUGGUUUGUUGUCGCCAGAGGAGAUCAAGGGGAUGAGUGUGUGCCACAUUGAAUUCCCGGAGACUAUGGACGAGUCCAAGCUACGACCGCGAGAACGCGGUCUUAAUGAUCCCCACAUGGGUUCGAUCGAUAGAUCCUUCAAAUGCGCUACUUGCGACGAAAAUAUGUCAGAAUGUCCAGGCCAUUUCGGACAUAUCGAACUGGCCAAACCAGUUUUCCACAUUGGUUUUAUUACAAAAAUCAAAAAGGUCUUGGAAACAGUUUGCUUCAACUGUGGCAAGAUCCUGCUUGAUGAAAACACUUUGGCUAACAUCUGCAUCUUGCGAUGCGUGAUCUCAAAGAGUAACCCUCAAUUCGUCGAUGCAAUGCGUAUACGAGAUCCGAAAGCUCGUUUCAACGCGGUCUGGCGUAUCUGCCGGGCUAAAAAUGUUUGCGAAAGCGACGCCAACGAAGGUGAGGAGGAAGGGCCGAAUGAUGCUUUACCUGGCGAGGAGAAGGCCCGAAAACAUAAGCAUGGCGGCUGUGGUAACGCCCAGCCCACUAUCCGAAAGGAUGGUCUCAAACUUAUUGGAACUUGGAAGCCCAGCAAAGAUGAGGAUGAAGAAAACCCGCAGCCGACCAAGCGGAAUCUGACACCGCAGAUGGUUCUUAAUAUCUUCAAACACAUUACAGACGAUGAAAUCACGAAAAUGGGUUUGAACAAAGAUUACGCAAGACCCGAAUGGAUGGUCAUUACCGUCCUUGCAGUUCCACCACCACCUGUCCGACCCAGUAUUUCUGUUGACGGCAUGGGAGGUGGUGGAAUGCGUGGGGAGGAUGAUUUGACAUUCAAAUUGGGAGAUAUCAUCAAGGCCAACAACAAUCUUCAAAGAUGCGAGCAGGAGGGCUCCCCCGCACACGUUGUCAAUGAGUUUGAGUCCCUACUGCAAUUCCAUGUUGCUACAUUCAUGGACAACGAUAUUGCUGGUCAGCCACAGGCUGUUCAAAAAUCGGGCCGUCCCAUCAAGUCGAUCAGAGCCAGAUUAAAGGGAAAGGAAGGAAGAUUGCGUGGCAAUCUUAUGGGAAAGCGUGUCGACUUUUCAGCCCGUACCGUCAUUACUGGAGAUCCAAACUUGUCUCUCGAUGAAGUUGGUGUCCCACGAAGUACCGCGAGGAUCCUCACUUACCCGGAGACAGUCACUCCGUACAACAUCAAAAAAUUGUCUGCCUUAGUCAAGAAUGGACCUAACGAGCACCCUGGUGCUAAAUACGUGAUCCGAGAUACUGGUGAACGUAUUGAUUUGAGACAUCAUAAGCGCGCUGGUGAAAUCGCCUUACAAUACGGUUGGAAGGUCGAGAGACACAUCGUUGAUGGUGAUUUCGUCAUCUUCAAUCGUCAGCCAUCCCUCCACAAAGAAUCUAUGAUGGGUCAUCGCGUGAGAGUGCUUCCAUACUCAACUUUCCGUCUAAACUUGUCUGUCACGUCUCCCUACAACGCCGAUUUCGACGGUGAUGAAAUGAACAUGCACGUUCCUCAGUCCGAGGAAACAAGAGCUGAAGUCAGUCAGCUUUGCAUGGUCCCACUGCAGAUCGUGUCCCCACAAAGGAACGGUCCGUUGAUGGGUAUCGUGCAGGACACUCUUUGUGGUGUUUACAAGCUUUGUCGUCGAGAUGUUUUCUUGGACAGGGACCAACUUAUGAACGUUCUAUUGUGGGUCCCCGAAUGGGACGGUACAUUUCCCCCACCCGCCAUUGUCAAACCUUCUCCGAGAUGGACCGGUAAGCAGCUCAUCAGCAUGGUUAUUCCGAAGGGAAUUAACCUUGUGAAGCCUGAUAAGGAAGGCAUGAGCCCCCUCGCCGAUACCGGUCUCUGUGUUACCGAUGGUGAGUUGAUGUUCGGUUUGUUCAGCAAGAAGUCUGUUGGUGCCUCUCAGGGUGGUAUGAUCCAUACUAUCUACAACGAAAAAGGAUGGCAAACCUGUAUGGGAUUCUUCAACGGAACGCAGCGUGUGGUUAAUUACUGGCUGCUCCAUAACGGAUUCAGUAUUGGUAUUGGUGACACCAUUCCUGAUGCGGCUACCAUUCAGAAGAUUCAGGAUAUCGUUACACAGAGGAAGGCUGAGGUCGACGAGGUUACCAAACAAGCCCAGGACAACGUGCUUGAAGCAUUACCCGGUAUGAACAUCAGAGAGACAUUCGAAAACAAGGUAUCUCGAUCUUUGAACUUGGCUCGUGAUGACGCCGGUUCUGCGACCGAAAAGUCUUUGAAGGAUCUGAACAACGCCAUUCAGAUGGCUCGUUCCGGUUCCAAGGGUUCGAACAUCAAUAUCUCUCAGAUGUCUGCUGUCGUCGGCCAGCAGUCAGUUGAGGGAAAACGUAUCCCGUUCGGUUUCAAAUAUCGAACGCUGCCACAUUUCACCAAGGACGACUACAGUCCGGAGUCCCGUGGUUUCGUCGAAAAUUCUUACCUUCGAGGUCUCACACCACAAGAAUUCUUUUUCCACGCCAUGGCUGGUCGUGAAGGUUUGAUCGAUACCGCUGUCAAGACUGCGGAAACCGGAUACAUCCAGCGAAGAUUGGUCAAAGCCCUAGAAGACGUCAUGUGUAAAUAUGAUGGAACUGUCAGAAACUCUCUCGGUGAUAUCAUCCAGUUUUGCUACGGUGAGGACGGCCUUGACGGACAACAUAUGGAGCUCCAAAAGGUCGAUAUCAUUACCUGCUCCAACAAAGACCUCGAAAAGAAAUUCCGUGUCGAUCUUAUGGAUCCUUCUUUGUCCCUUUCUCCGGAACAUCUAGAGGUUGCUUCCGAGAUUCAAGGCGACGCUGAAAUCCAGGCGGUCCUUGACGAGGAAUGGGAAAGGGUUCUCCACGCCCGCGAAACUAUCCGGGAAGUCGCAAAGGAUGCCGAUGACUCGAUGCAUCUACCCAUCAACGUUCUUCGUAUCCUUGAAAACGCCAAAUCAAUUUUCCGUAUCAAGAAGAAUGGUCGCAGUGACCUUGAACCAGUCGAAACUGUCCACAAAAUCAAACAAUUGCUUGAUGAGCUCGUUGUCAUCCGUGGAAGUGACCCGAUUUCUAUUGAAGCUCAAUACAAUGCUACCCUCCUUUUCCGCUCCCAUCUACAAGGCAGACUUGCAUUCAAGCGCCUUGUUUUGGAAUACCGUCUCACAAAGGUCGCUUUGGAUUGGGUCAUCGGAGAAAUCAAGGCCCGUUUCGCAAAAGCCGCUGCAAACCCUGGUGAAAUGGUUGGUGUCUUGGCCGCACAGUCUAUCGGUGAACCAGCUACACAGAUGACGCUAAACACCUUCCAUUUCGCCGGUGUGUCGUCCAAGAACGUUACCCUCGGUGUGCCGCGUUUGAAAGAAAUUUUGAAUGUUGCCAAGAAUAUCAAGACUCCUUCUCUUACGGUUUAUCAGGAGCCAGAGCACAUGUAUAACCGUGAGAAGGCCAAGUUGCUACGAAGCGCCGUCGAACACACCACUCUACGGUCCGUCUGCGAGGCAACAGAAAUUUAUUUCGACCCAGAGCCAAAGGAUACUGUUAUCGAAGCAGAUAAGGAUAUUGUAGAAGCUUUCUUCUUCAUGCCUGACGCAGCUGUCGAACAGCAUAUUUCCAGACAUUCGCCGUGGGUUUUGCGUAUCAUCAUCGACCGUAGGAAGAUGAUUGACAAGGGCCUGCGUAUCGAGGAUAUCGCGGGUAAGAUUAUGGAAACAUACGACCGCGAUCUUUUCGUCAUAUUCAGUGACAACAAUGCAGACGAGUUGGUUAUUCGUUGCAGGCUUCUAAUUGACCGAGAAGAUAAGGAAGGGCUAGAAGAAGACCUCAUGCUUAAGCGGUUUGAGGCACACGUUCUAGACGCCUUAACUUUGAGAGGUGUCCAGGGUAUCUCUAGGGCCUUCAUCAACGAAAAGACCCGAGUCAAGGUCGAUAACAACGGCGGGCUUGUCAUGAAUAGAAGCGAACCAGGCUGCAUUGAGUAUGUUCUUGACACCAGCGGAACAAACCUAGCUGCAGUACUCACUAUCGACGGAGUUGACCCUACUCGUGCCUACUCAAACAACUUCGUCGAAGUCCUGGAGGUGUUUGGUAUCGAGGCCACCAGAGGCGCGCUACUCAAGGAAUUGACACAAGUGUUGGCUUUCGACGGUUCUUACGUCAACCAGCGUCACUUGACCUUGCUUUGCGAUGUAAUGACCUCCCGUGGUCAUUUGAUGGCUAUUACCCGGCACGGCAUCAACAGAGCAGACACCGGUGCUCUCAUGCGUUGUUCUUUCGAAGAAACUGUGGAAAUUCUUCUCGAGGCUGCCGCUGCCGGCGAACUUGAUGAUUGCCGCGGUAUCUCUGAGAACGUUAUGUUGGGUCAGCUUGCGCCAAUGGGUACUGGUGAAUUCGAUGUCUAUCUCGAUGAGGGUAUGCUCAGCCAACUCAUCACAGACAAUACCCGAACUGGAGCGCCAUUCGCCAACAAAGCAGACAACGGUUUCGAUUCAGGCCAAAUGACACCAUACGAUCUUGGCUCUGGUUCUCCAGAUCCAAUGUACCUCGGUGCGGCCUCUCCUGGCUUUAACGUUUCAUUCUCUCCUAUGGUCCAAUCGGGAAGCGACUAUGAGCCACCUAGCUACCCCAUGCCGGAACCAUUCGGUGGAACCACUCCAAGAAGUCCUUUUGGGAUGGCCUCUCCCGGAUAUUCCCCGGCUUCGCCAAACUACUCACCAACUUCCCCGCGCAUGGCUACCAGCCCGGGGUUCUCAGGUGGCCUUGGAUUCUCUCCAGCCAGUCCAGCAUAUUCGCCAACAUCCCCUGCUUACUCUCCCACAUCUCCCUCUAUGGCUGGUGGUGCAUACGGAACAUCUCCCACAUCUCCUAGCUACUCACCUACCUCUCCAAGUUACUCGCCCACUUCACCAUCGUUCUCUCCAACUAGCCCGUCCUACAGUCCUACGUCGCCGGCGUAUAGCCCUACGUCGCCGCAGUAUAGUCCGACGAGCCCACAGUUCAACGGUGGUGGUGGAACCACGAACUUUAGUCCUACCUCUCCUACGAGUCCCAGCUACAGCCCAACAUCUCCUCAGUACUCGCCUACCAGUCCGAAUGCUUACUCACCAACCUCACCUCAGUUCGCUACUCCUGGAUCUCCAGGUGGUGCCGCGCCGUACAGCAUCUCUUCGCCAAUCUGGAGUCCUUCCAGCCCAAGGUUCUCUCCAAAUUCCCCAAGAGACCCACCGGCGCGAAGUGGCUAA